GGCUCCUCCUCCGCGCCUGCCCGGCCGCGCCGCCCAUGGACGCCCCGCCGCGCCCCGCGCCACCGCCCCCCGCCCCGCGCAGCCCGCCGCCCGGGUCCCCCCCGGGUCCCGCCACGAGCGACGUCCUGCAGCAGAUCAUGGCCAUCACUGACCAGAGCCUGGACGAAGCGCAGGCCAGAAAGCAUGCUCUGAAUUGCCAUCGAAUGAAGCCUGCUCUCUUCAGUGUGCUCUGUGAGAUUAAGGAAAAGACAGUGGUAAGCAUCCAUGGCAUUCAGGAGGAAGAUCCCCCGCACGCUCAGCUCACCAGGCUGGAUAACAUGCUGCUGGCCGAGGGCGUGUCCAGGCCGGAGAAGAGAGAAAGAGGAGGACCGGCGGCAGUGGCCGGCCCAGCAACACCAGGUGGCUGUCCAAAUGACAAUAGCAUUGAGCACUCUGACUACAGGGCCAAGCUGUCCGAGAUCCGACAGAUUUACCACUCUGAGCUAGAGAAAUAUGAACAGGCCUGCUGUGAGUUCACCACACAUGUCACCAACCUUCUCCGGGAGCAGAGCAGGAUGAGGCCCGUCUCCCCCACGGAGAUCGAGCGCAUGGUUGGCGUCAUUCACAGCAAGUUCAGUGCCAUCCAGAUGCAGCUGAAGCAGAGCACCUGCGAGGCCGUGAUGAUGCUGCGCUCACGGUUCCUCGAUGCCAGGCGUAAGCGACGGAAUUUCAGCAAGCAGGCGACAGAAGUGCUGAAUGAGUAUUUUUAUUCCCAUUUGAGCAACCCUUACCCCAGCGAAGAGGCCAAAGAAGAGCUGGCCAGGAAGGGCGGCAUCACGGUUUCCCAGGUCUCUAACUGGUUCGGCAACAAAAGAAUCCGGUAUAAAAAGAACAUGAGGAAGUUCCAAGAAGAGGCUACCAUUUACAUGGGUAAAACAGCCACAGAUACCACCGAAGUCAGGGGCCCAGGGAACCACACCAGCUGUCCACCGACACCCAGCUGUGGUUUGACUGGGCCCUUCACGCUGACUAGUGCUGGGAGCGCCUUUCUCACCCUGCAGACACUGGCCUCUCUCCGGCCCUCCCCGGGGGCAGCCAGCCUGCAGUCCCAGGCCAGAGGUGGCUGGCAGGGGGCCAGCCCCCCGCCGUCGACUGCCUCACCUGCUGGAGACCCUGGCAAUGUAAACUCUGACGCAUUUCAUUAAGUUUUGGAGACAAGCAGAAAGGAGUGCCACGUGGGCUUCUGUGCUGGCACUCGUGUUCUUCCGCGCCUGCCACUGAUGACCUCAGAACACCCAGGACGAGGGAGACGGCGGCCCCGAGCCCCCCGUCCUGGGCCCUGCCCACAGCGCUGGUCUGCUGGGAUUCUCGAUGGCCCCAACGCCACUCGCUCUCCCACCUCAGUUUGUUUUCUUAAUGUUAAUAGCAAUUUUAUGGUAAGACUGAAUUGUCUCUUCUAGG